AUGCCGAUUGCCCGGUCUCGGGUUGUGCGGGCAAUAUCUACCACUGGAUGUACUGCCUGCCUGCCCUUCACGACGAAUAUGGCCGGCCGCGGUGUCGAAGCAGCGACUAGAAAAAGUCUGGCUCUGGGUGAUAUAUUCGCAACAUGUUAUUCGACCAUAUUCGCCAUCGCUGCCUUGGUAGAUUUGAAAGCGAAAAAAAAAAGACGGCACGAAUGGGAUCGCUUGAUUGCAGAGGCGCGUCUAGGGCCGCCAUCAGCUGAGGAAUCGCUGUCUCCAGUGGAAACAGAUGCACAGUCGCAGUCAUUAUGUUAUAUCCCAAUCGAAACACCUUCAAAUAGUGAGGAUGUGGCGGUGGGCUCUGCUAUUUUACGGCCCAGGGUGCGCCACUCCCAGCGACCCAAGUUAAAUACCCACGUAUUCUAUCGACAAUUUUCUUCCACCUACCAACCUCCGAACGAUAUCAGUCUAAAUUAUCUACCAAUUGAUACUAUUUCAGAUGCUUCGCUCACAGCAUAUACGCACAAGGAACUGGACCCUGAUGCGCCCGAACGCGAUAUCACGGACCCGUCCGAACUAUAUCUUUUACAAGUCAAUAUUAACAACCUAGUAUCCAAACUUCUCCAAAAAUCAACGUUUUACUGGACUGGAAGUAGAUCUGACAAUGAAGGUCAUGAUAUCCCCUUAAAAGAACAAUUAGAAGAGCUGAAGCAGUGCCUUCAAUCCCUAGAGACAUCAAACGAAUUGUUACCGCAGUAUGUUCAAGUGAACCUUGAAAUAGCAAAGAUGGAAGCAAGAGAGUUUAAUGCCAUACUCUGGAAUAUUUGCAACAAAGCAAGGCAAGAUGAAGAUAGCCUAAAUCUCAUGAUCGCCAAAAUCUGUUAUAAUCUCCUCAUUUCGUCAGUACCUCCUAACAUUGAGACCUACAAUAUACUAUUGACUGAAUUUGCUCUGAUAAAUCAGCAUGAUUUAGCUGAGGAAAUUCUCGAAUCAUUCUGGUACAGCAGAUUAAGACCCAAUAAGAAGACAAUAGAGCUCAUCAUUCUUCACUACAAAGCUACCAAGAAUAGAAAAGGUUUAGAUAAAAUAGUAAGACAUAUGAGAGGUGUGGAAGGUGACCUUAUGAUGAGCUCCAUUGAUGCCAGUAGUCAACGGCCUAGCUGGCCCUCCCCUGAAGAGUAUCAACAGGGACUGAAACAAUUUGAGUUGAACGAAAAAACAAUCCGCAGACAAAUGCGGAUGAAUAAGCUAUUUUAUCGCUCUGGCAAUUUGUACAAGAAGUCGCCGCGCGAUGGACAUAUCUUUGAUGCCCUUAUAACGGCCCAUCUCGAAUUGAAGGGAUUAAGGUCAGCGGCUCGGUAUGUCGCAGCUGCAGUUCGAGAGGGAUUCAGAGUUAAAGCGGCGACUUUGUGUGUAGUAAUUAGAACUAGUAUACAACUUGCAGAUUUCACCACAAGCCUAAAGCUACUGAUGAUUAUUCUUUCACAGUGGAAAAUUUCAGGGUACCAAGCGCAAAUCCCCCUCACACCUUUAUUAAGACACGAAAUUAAACGGCUCUUGUACUUCUGCGGCAUCGAUCCGCAACGAGGCGUUGAUGGGCAUCUCCCAUUAAGAAUCACCAAAUACACAGAGGAUAUGAUUCUUCAGGAAACAGAAUACCCCAAGGAGGCGUUAAGGAAAAUGUUACAUAUUAUGAAGAUAGACGACAUAAUGGAUCAAAUAGAUAGAAUAUCAGUUCUCAUUAUGUCAGUGGGUAAAGCUCUCAAGGAUCAGGGAGAUCUUACCACCUUGGAUACCGGAGUGAAAGAAGCGCUUCGCGUCCUAGGUGAAUUAUCAAAUACUAAACAAAAAAGCCAAGUCGAAAAUAAGGAACAGCUUGACCUAGUGGAAGGAAGGGCCCUCACCAUCCAUGGACUCGAGGCCAAUUUGGUAACAACUAUCUCAGUGAAAGUUGAGUUAGUGGCACGCUUGCUGAUGAUAAGGAUACAGCGGUGCGCCAUCAGGCUCGAAAGGAUGGCUUCUAUAGAUUCUCAGAGCAAGGUUAAUUCAGCCAGGAUGAACAUUUUACAAAAUCUAAGUAUUCAUGUGGGCAUACUACAUUCCCAGUUAAGGAUAGAGACGCAUCUUAAUCUUUGGUGGAUUCGAAGACUAGGGUUCAUUGCGACCACCUUCCGGUCCGAUGCUCAACACUAUAGGUUGUUUACAGUCAUCCGGAAUCUUAACCGUGUUGAGCUAAAAACCAAUAACUUGUGGACAAAUAUGAUAUCUAAUGGAGAGUGUCACCUCCAAGCUAUGUGA